GCGGGCUGAGGCUAAGGGGAGGCCCGGCCUUGGGAGGCCUGCCCUGGGGCAGUGGUGGAGGCAGCUGCCGCGGUGCUGAGGUUCUAUUCUUGUUUUCAAUGGAGAGCAAUUGCACAGAUUCAUGAUGAAAACUAGCCCCCAUCGGCCCCUGAUUCUCAAGAGACGGAAAGUCCCCCUUCCUAUCCGUGAUGCCCCAAGUGAAGGAGCAAAGGAAGAGCCCAAAGGGACUCCUGCUCAACAGGAGUCUGGCCAAACACAGCUGUCCAAGGAGGUGGCAGGACCUGAUCUUCAGAAGUUUCCAACAGGCAUCAAGAUCAUCAACCAUCCCACCAUGCCAAACACCCAAGUGGUAGCAGUUCCCACCAACACAGAUAUCCAGAGCAUCAUUGCAGCUCUGACUGCCAAAGGGAAAGAGAGUGGUAGCAAUGGGCCCAACAAAUUCAUCCUUAUUAGCAGUGGACGGGCCCCUGCCCAUCCUCCUGGAUCCCAGCCCCCAAACCAAGGAGAUGAAGUGGGCAAGAGGGCAGAAGUGGCAGCUGAGAGCAUGGGACCAAAACCUGUGACUAGAGAUGUGACCCUACCCAGACCACUAGGAGCCCAUUCCAGUCGGGGAUGGGAGCUGGAGGGCUGUGCUGGAAGUGAGGCAGCAGGCUGUCUUCUGGAUGAUAGCCUGACCAAUAUUCAGUGGUUAGGAAAGAUGAGUUCUGAUGGGGGUUCCUGCAGCAUCAAGCAAGAGAUAGAGGAGAAGGAGAAUCAAUGUCUGGAGCAAAGUCAAGUCAAGGUGGAAGAACCCCCAGCUGCAUCAACCUCCUGGCAGGAUUCUGUAGCAGAAAGACCACCUUACUCCUACAUGGCCAUGAUCCAGUUUGCCAUCAACAGCACUGAGCGGAAACGUAUGACCUUGAAAGACAUCUAUACCUGGAUUGAGGAUCACUUUCCCUACUUUAAGCACAUCGCCAAACCGGGCUGGAAGAAUUCUAUCCGCCACAAUCUUUCUCUACAUGACAUGUUUGUUCGGGAGACAUCUGCCAAUGGCAAGGUUUCCUUUUGGACCAUCCACCCUGAUGCCAAUCGGUAUUUGACACUGGACCAGGUGUUUAAGCCACUGGACCCAGGGUCUCCACCAUCGUCUGAGCACUUGGAAUCACAGCAACAGAAACGGCCCAUCCCUGAUCUCCGAAGAAACCUGGGCAUCAAAGCUGAGCUCCCCUUGAGUGCACGACGGAAGAUGAAGCCACUACUCCCAAGGGUCAACUCAUAUCUAGUACCAAUCCAGUUCCCAGUGAACCAAUCCCUGGUGCUGCAGCCUUCAGUGAAGGUGCCAUUACCGCUGGCUGCCUCUCUCAUGAGUUCAGAGCUUGUCCGUCAUAGUAAGCGAGUUCGCAUUGCCCCCAAGGUGCUGCUAGCUGAUGAGGGACUAUCUCCCUUUUCCACUUCUGGAUCAUUGAAAGAGGAACGAGCCCUACCUGGGGAAGGGCUAUCUCCUUUGUUUCGGGCUCAGUCUGUCAAAGAAGAUCUCCAGCCCAUGGAAGAACUAUCCCAGUUCACAAGACCCAUCAAAGUGGAGAGCCCACCACUGGAAGAGUGGCCCUCACCCUUUCCGGUGGUCAAGGAAGAAGUAUCACACCCUUGGCAGGACCCUUCCCUUUUCUCUGCCUCCAGACCCAAGAAGAUUUUCACAGGGCUCAAGUCCCCACCACAGGGUGUCUCUGACAUGCUUGUGAUUAAGCGGAGAGAAAGGAGGGAGAUGAGCCGAUCCAGAAGGAAACAGCACCUUAUCCCACCUUGCUUGGAAGAGCCAGAACUAUUGUUCCCAGAGAUCCCUGGACCCUCCAGACAAAACACAGAUCUCCCCUUCCUCCCAGAGGCAUCGGAGUCUACCUCCCAACUGAGCCACUCUCAGGAUGAAGGAGGUCCCUUUAAAACACCAGUCAAGGAUAUGUUAUGCAAGCUACCCAUUUCCUCCACUCCCAGCAAAGCUGUUCUCCCUAUGACCCCAGACCCUUGGAGGCUUACACCCCCAAACAAGGAGACAGGGCUCGAUUUCAGCCCAGUGCGUACUCCCCAGGGAUCUUUUACCCUGCUGCCAGAUUCCAUGGGGCUGCUGGAUCUCAGCACCACCCCACUGAAGAAUGUUCCUCUCUUUGAGUCACCCCAGGAGCUUCUUAAUCCAGAGUCACUUGACCUGGUUUCUGACCCUUUUAACAGCUCUCCCACCUCAGAUCCUGAAGCCCCCAAGCCUGGCUCCCCUGAGAUGCAUGUCUCCAACCUUUCUGCCAACCGUUCACUGACUGAAGGCCUCGUUCUGGACACAAUGAAUGACAGCCUCAGCAAGAUCCUGUUGGACAUCAGUUUUCCUGGCUUGGAGGAGGAUCCCCUGGGCCCUGACAAUAUUAGCUGGUCUCAGUUUAUCCCUGAGUUGCGGUAGAGCACAGCGUACCCCACUAAGUCCACUAGUUCAGGUUUGACAAGUAGCUGGGUGGUCCAACGGUUAGACCAGUUCACACACUGUGUGAAGGCAGCAGGCCUGCCAAUAGCCGGUGAACCUGUCUACUUCUCUUAGCUCUGUUUCUCCCAAUUAGUUCAAGGUAGGCAGUCACGUUCUAGCUGUCUCCUGAUCUUGCUGACUACAAGCUGGUCUCCUGAUGGCUGGUCAUUGCCUAUCCUGGAGCUUCCCCCAAGAAAACCUGUCUUCUUUACCUCCAUCACCAGCCUGACCUCCUCAUCAGGGCACUAAUGGUGGGAACAGCAGCACAAAAGCUAAAAACCAGAGGAGGAGCUCCCAGCCUUAUUUACGUCUACAAGCUUCUUCAUCUUUCCCUACUCUCCUCUCAGUGACCCCUUGGGGCCAGGUGGUCAUUGUAAAUAGAGUAUAUUCUCCAAAUUAUCCUCUAAUUAUUAACAUAACUUUAUUUCCUUAGAUCAGUACUGUGGGGGUUGCCAAUGGGCGGGUUGGGGGACUCAGGUUUUUUUGUUUGUUUCCAUGGCUUGCUUUUGGUCUUCUCUGGGAGAUAAGGGCUUCAGGUUCAUGGCUCGAGGGUUUUUCUGGAUGAAGAAUGCACUUCUCAAGGUUUCUUAACCCACCAUGCAUUCAGAAUAGGAGAUCUGUUUUCCCUGCACUGGACUCCUACAAUAACUUUCCUGUUGAGGAUUGGAGGGAGAGCCACAACACUGCUGCAGAUUCUCAUUGUAAUGGGGUCAGUUCCCCAAAGCUGAAUGGGGGGAGACGGCAGGCUACUAGAGUAUUUCUUUUAAGAUUCCAGAUUUUGUUGGGCAACCCUGAGAAGGGAGCGUUUGGCCAGAGGAUGGGUGGGAUGGGGGGUGAUCGUAAGGUCACCCUUAUUUAUACUGGAUCCCCUCCAUUUGCAUUUCAGCUUUUAUAACCAACCCACCCCAUAAGCCAAAGUUUCAUCAUUUAUAUUAGGCCAGAGUCUUAGGCACACACAUUUGUAACUACCUACUCAAUAAAGGCUAGGGUAGAGAUGUUGGGUUUUGUGAAUGAA